AUGGGCUACACGCACUACUGGCGCGGCCUAAUCUCCUCAAAAAACUCCCACCUCCUCCUAAAGGACAUAACCCACCUCCUCACCACCACCACCACCACCAUCAAAAUCCGCGGUCCCCUGGGAACCGGUCAACCCCUCAUAACCCCACAGUCAAUCUCCCUAAACGGUGAAGCCGAAGACCAAGAUUCUCACGAAUCCCUCAGAAUCCCCAUCAACAAAGCCAUCCCGUUCCAGUUUUGUAAAACCGCAAGGAAACCUUACGAUGAUGUCGUCUGUGCUGUAUUGUUGAGAUGUUUGUAUUAUAACCCUUACCCGGCGUUUGAGGUUAGCAGUGAUGGUAGUUGGGAGGAGUGGACGGCUGGCAGGGAGUUGUAUCGCAAGGCGUUUGAGGCGGAGGCUACGAUGCCGGAGACGAUGACGCCGUCGUGGAAUUGA